AUGGCCAAUAAAAAUAAACUAAAUAGUUCCGCAGGUGAGGCGGCCAGCAAUAAACAAAAACUAAAGAAACAAAGAUCCGAUGACGCCAAAGAUUAUAGCUCCUUUAAAAUUGUAUUCUUCUAUUGUUCGCUGAUUGUUUUCCUGCCCGUUGCCACUUUCUUCUGCCUGAAAGCUGUGGUCUUGGAUCGUUUCUUUACCCUGACGGAUUUGAACACCAAUAUCUAUUCGGCAGUGGGUGCUGUUUUGGCAUUGCAUUUGGCACUGGGUUUGUAUAUCUACCGGGCCUAUUUCGGCGGUAAAGAUUCAACGAAAACGGAUUAAGUU